UGCCAAUCCACAUUGACGACAAGGAAUACAAAUAUCGCAGUGGUCCAGGCCGUGUCAAGGAAUGGUUGCUUCACUGGAUCAGCUGAAGAUUGACGGCUUUCGUUAUCCGGAUGAGCGUAAGAAGUACAUGGACCGCGCGACCAUCGAUACGCUCAGCUUGGUGCUGUCAACCACAGCGACAUUUGCCCGUGCAUGAAGCCUCGUCUAAAAUCCUAUUUGCACCUUAUUGAUUACCUAACCGGAACGCCUUAGCUGCGAACGUUGCCUUCAAAGCCAUGGUCAUUCUAGAAUCCAGAGACUAAACAACGUAUAUGUCGUACUGGAGCGUUUUUCCGCAACUAUAGACCUCAGAACGGGGCGCCAAAUUUUUCAAAGUGCCAUCUGCAUUUUAUAGAAAAGCUAGUGUACCAUAGUCCACGGGUUCGUCUUGUAGAUUUUCCACUAAAUAGUGUUUGUUGACAGAGUGUUUCCUGUUUCUUCCGUGACCUAGUGAUCUAGCAAUGUACUCACUCCGGGUUCUUUUUGGAAGUUUCUAAUGAGCGGUAUGAAACAUCUGGAAUGGCUAUUAGAUCCAUGUAGCGUCGUAAUGGUCGUCUCAUCGGUACUGCCGUUGACCAACGAUGCAUCUACUAUGCCUUUAUGUUUAUGUCCCCGAUUCCUUUUACUGAUUGGGCUAAAAUGUGAGUAAGUAUCUCGUUUGCUCGUUCACAUUAGCACUUGCUUUAAGAUAUAUGUGAGAAGAUUAGAUGUUGCUUGAUACCCAAAUAAAUAAAACGGACCUGUCUUUUAAGCUGGAAAGCAAACAGGUGAACUCGCCAUUACAAUCUGAUAUAAUUAAUGCAGUUUCUUGGAAUCCUUCCAGAGGGAUAUCUGCAAAAAUGUUUCCAGAAAACUUAGCUUUGGACCGUCAAGUCCAUCAGCUCGUCCUUUCUGUUAGAUAUAAGUCAACUCUUCUAGACGGAAUGUUACCGGUAGCAUACCGUGUGACAACAAAUGCUGGGCUGGCAUUAGGGCCAGUCGUAUAGGACAACUCCCAUGCACUAGUUUAACCACGACGAUACAAUCGUAACGCAAGCCACAGACGCGGACGUACUGGUUCCGCUUAUAUUCGUAGUUAUAGCAGAAACUUGAAAACCAUGCGCAUAUCGGCUUCUGUAUGAUGACCAGCAAUGGACAUUGAGAGAAUAAAACGAAACUCAAUUUAUUAUUCAUACAUUUAGUAGAAAUAAAAUGACAACAAUUAUGUUAAGUAAUUGCGAAAGGCCAUGUAAAAAAAGCAAACCGGAAUACGGAAUACUUUUCCGCAGUAGGAUGCUUGAAAGAAAGAACCUAUUAUGAAUGAGCUGUGCAAGAUAAAUACCUAAAGAAACCCUGUUGAAAGAGUAGAAUAGGCAGACAUCUUGCAAUCAAUUGUUGCAGACAUUUUCAGCCCAUUCUAGCUGUCAAAACUCUAUCAAACCUCGCUUUUGGCUGUACAUAAUGCUAAACAUAGUUGGACAGCAACGUCCCAUAUUGACGAUUCGAAGCAGACGAUUAAACCUAGCUAUCCUCGUCAAAAAGAAAACAAAUAGCUUUUAAUAACCCAAAUAAAUAUAUUUUAUGUAAUAAUGCCAUAACUGAAAUCAUAUACUAAAAUAUAGCGUAGUUAAACAAUUCAGUAUGAUCUUUAUGCCACAGUCAACCUUCGGAAUACUGCGUAGUACAGUAUAGAAGAUGACGUUGCUACGCUCGCCAGUGUGUCUUACUGUUUGUCGAUUGAGCCUAGGCAACCUAAAAGUUACGUAUCGUGUCCAUUGAUGAAGGUUGUUUCACUGGUGCUCAUACACGUAUGGCAUACAAGCUCCAGCAGAAGUCGACCUAAAAAAUGCCUGCGGACGCGAUUGCUGACGGGUUGACGGCUUAAAAUUAAGAAUUUCACUUGAGUCGUUCUCUCCGAUCAGGCUACAAGGAAUCUGUUCCUGUUCCUCUGUAUCAAUCUUGGAUUCGCCUUCGUUGAGCUCUUCUACGGACUGUGGACGAAUAGUUUGGGUCUGAUUUCGGACUCAUUCCACAUGUUCUUCGAUUGCUCGGCACUUGUAACCGGCUUAGUUGCGUCUAUUAUUAUGAAGUGGCGACCCAAUGAACGAUUCACAUUUGGAUACGUACGGGCCGAAGUGUUGGCAGGCUUUGUCAAUGGACUUUUCCUCGUGUUCAUUGCAUUCUUCAUCCUUUCAGAGGCCGUUGAACGGCUAAUGGAACCUCCAGAGGUGAAACACGAACGUCUGUUCCUGGUCUCCGUUGCCGGACUCUUCGUGAAUUUGAUCGGCAUCUUCGCUCUCAACCAUGGAGGUCACGGCCAUUCUCACGGCAGCAGUGGGCACGGUCACUCACAUGACCAUGGACACGUUCACAAUCAUGGAUCCGUUGACAAGACAGACAAUAUUCUACUCAAUAUGGCUGGAGUAGGCACAGGCCAUGAAAAUGGGUUGCCUUUAAAUGGACACACGUCUCACGGUGGUCAUGGCCAUAGCCACGGAGGUUCCUCCUGCAGCACAGGAGUUGGAAGCCGAAGUCAGUUAAUGCAAGGUGUGCUCUUGCACAUUCUGGCGGAUACGCUUGGUUCUGUAGGCGUUAUCGUCUCAGCCUUUCUGGUGAGCCAGUUCCGUUGGAUGAUUGCCGAUCCCCUCUGUUCGAUGUUCAUUGCUAUACUCAUCUUGAUCAGUGUUUACCCACUCCUAAAGGAGUCCAUUUCAGUUUUGAUGCAGCGAGUCCCACAUGCACUUGAUGGCCAGCUGCAGUCCUGCUUCCAGAGAGUUAGCGCUUUAGACGGCGUUUACAGUGUACAGGAUAAGCACUUUUGGACGUUGUGCAGUGGUGUUUACAUAGGCAACAUGAAGCUGGAGGUCGCACGAAGAGCCGAUCUUUCUCAAAUUCUCAGUCAUACACAAGCCAUCUUCAAACAAAUUGGCGUCGACAAGCUCUAUGUACAGAUGGAGUACGCAGCAAUGUAGAUUGAUGAGUUGAGUGGUUGACACAAAUCAAAAAGUCUAAGUAAAUAGCCUGCUAAGAUAAUGUUGUGGUCAACAGCGCCGUUGCCGCUGGAACUCGUCCAGUGACAGGUACGAUCUUUCAUCAUCGAGGUGAAUGGCCCCGGCUACCGAUCCAGUGUAAAGAACCGAACAACUAAUUCUUGUAGGAAUGUAUGACACUGUUCGAUCUGCUACAGCUGCCGGUGUGGUUGGUAUUUUCAAUGCAAUAUUGACGCAAAAAUGGCGGCUAUCCAGGCUAGAGUGCUUGUCCGCCGCUUUAAACGAAUGUACAGGAAACGCUUAGAUGUGACCCAACCAUCCUGUACUGGUUGACGUUGCGAACACUUGCUCAUGACAGUGAAUAACUGGAUUUCAUAUUGAGUGUAUUCGUAAAUCACACCUUUUUCCAUAUGUCGUGUGAAAAAAUGCACAUGGUAACAGAUGUUAGUUACGACUUCACGUGGGUAACUAGUAACUCAUAAAGAAAAUAGCGGAAAAGACGAAUUUAGUGAAUCGUAGAGGAAAAACAAAAGGAGGAUGAGAGAGUCACUGAACAUUUAAGGAAUGAACAUUCUGUGUGUAGAAGUGGGACAACAGAAACGUCGAAAAACUGUAUAAGUAUUGUCUACCAUAUGAAUUUGGCGGAUUAGCUAGGUUUUUUUUUGGCUGGGCUAGAUUAUAGCUAGCCUUGAUCAGGCUGAAUCAGUACUGGAUCAGUAUACAGCAGUAUUCGAUCUUCCUUUGAUUCUACCGUUCGGGGCGCAAGAUGGAUUUUUGUUCAUAAUCUUUCGUAAGAGUAUUAGCUAGGUGGAGUGAUAUUCAUAAAGCAAAUCACCCAUCGGUCCCAGUAAACAGAAUGCUAUUGAGUCAUUGCCUUGUCUAUGAACUGCGUAGCCGAGCGUGCACACAUUGGUUGUUUUGCUUUCUAUAUCAGGCAGCAAUAGAGGAAAUCUGUAUUGUACAUAGUUUCAGUCUAAAGCCUAUUAAACGACUUCUAGCUUCUAGUUUCUUAUUCCUAGAAUAUUUUUAUUUUAAGGUGAUAUCUGGUGGAGAAACAACCAUGGUUUAUACGCAACCAUAGUCGUAUGAUGAAAAUUAAAUAAACCAAUACAUUCAUAGGAGACAUGACAUUUAACUAUAUCUUAAUUAAAUAUAAGAGGGAGGAAUCCAGUCGUUCAGAAAUGCAAAAUAUAGUACACACAGAUCUGUUAUUAAGAGAUUUAUAAUGUCUAAAGCAUAUAUAUAUAUAUAUAUAUAUAUAUAUAUAUAUAUGGAAGGUAGAAACUUAUGUUAGGACUGGGUAAUUGUAAUCAGAGUGAUUGUGCGAAUGAGUACAGGUUGGGUGACUAUAUGACAGACAGACAAAAGGAUAGGGGCAUGAAGGGCAGUGCGUGGGUGUGAAGAUCAAAAUGAUUCGCGAGCACGCUAGAGCACAGAAGGGUGUACCGAGUGUGCAACAAAACCGAAUAAAGAUGUAAAAUAAUAAAUGUUAAUAUUUUCAUGUAUAUAAAUGUAAUUUUUAUUUAGAGACAUAUGCAUGCGCAUGCAACUAACAAAGGUAGCAGAUUGAAAAGAUGCUUUAGAUAUUUAUGUCUAGGAUGCCCUUAGGACCGCAGUGAGAUGAAAAGGACUUUGGUGCACGUAAUGAAAUGUGAAAUGAUCCAGCGCAUUCGGUGGACGUAAAGGUUCUUUGAUUCAUUUGCUUACGUCUAACCGCUCCUAAUAAUAAAUGUUAAUAUUUUCAUGUAUAUAAAUGUCAUUUUUAUUUAGAGAAUAUGCAUGUGCAUGCAACUAACAAAGGUAGCAGAUUGAAAAGAUGCUUUAGAUAUUUAUGUCUAGGAUGCCCUUAGGACCGCAGUGACAUGAAAAGGACUUCGGCGCACGUAAUGAAAUGUGAAAUGAUCCAGCGCAUUCGGUGAACGUAAAGGUUCUUUGAUUCAUUUGCUUACGUCUAACCGCUCCUAUGCAUGUGACCACGUUUUGAAUGUUAUUAUUUAAAUGACUGUUUCUAUGAGUAAACCAUUCUACUAGUUAGAGACACCGACUUCACUAAUACCGUAUAUUGUGGGAAUCUCUUAUCUCGUUUUAUUUGAUCAUCCCGUCAGGAAAACAAUUCUUCCCAUUCACAAUGGUGUACCUCUAAUUAAACUGUUAGAUAGCACUGAUAAACUUAAACAUUAUAUUUAUUACGUACAUAUUAUUAAUGGUAUACACAAUGAUUCUUAUUCUCAUAGUAGUGCUUUCCAAUAUUAUACAAUGAAUUACAUAUGUACAGUAUGUACAGUAUAUCCAUUUGUUGGUCACAUGGUGUCGUGUCACUAUAUUUACCAAGCUGUCUUGACAGGCUUUACUGGCACAAUC